AUGAGUUUAAGCAGAUACGUGGCUAUAUACAUAUUGAGAGAUCACCUCACUGGUCCAAAGGCGCGGCUAAUUGAGGCGCGCCGGGCGUUGCGGCUUCAAAUUGCUCUCAAAUAUUUGCCGCGGCCAGAGCCGAGGGUUGCGCAAACAUGUCUCUACGUCCGCUUGUUUGCUGAGUCGCAACGUGGCCGCAGACUGUCCCCUUAUCCGGACGUGAUCUCUCUAGGCGGGCCCGUU